CCCUUUCACUAACUUCCUCUACUUUGGAAUAUGUGCGAGUCACAGACUUCCUCCACAAGGGAAAGCGAAAUCCUCAUUCUGUACUGCUCCCUCCAACUACUUGAACGCACCAUAUUCGAACUCACCGCAACUUGCAGAUCUUCCAUAUCCGGCUUCUGCGUUCUACUUGCAGCUUUCCCCACAGUACAGAUAAGUGAGCUUCAUACACACAAGGAAAAGAGAAAAAUUGCUCAUAUCCUUCUCUUGCUUCCAUUUCCCCUCACUUUCAAGCCAGAAGAGCACGCCUUUAGCUCACAAAGCCACUUCUUUUCCUCCGACAGGAGACCCAACACAUCUUCUAUGGCUUUUCCAUCUUCUCUCCUUCUCCUGCUUCUAAUGUUCGGCCCCUUUUUUCUUGCUUCGGUUUCUGGCCUCAAUGCCGAAGGCGUUUCUCUCCUUACUUUUAAGGGAUCCAUUUCACAAGACCCUGAAGGUUCCAUGGCUAACUGGAACUCCUCUUCUCAGGACCCAUGUUCUUGGAGUGGUGUCACCUGCAGGGAUGGAGAAGUUGUCUCCUUGAGCAUUCCUAAGAAAAACCUGUUAGGUUAUAUCCACCCUUCACUUGGCUCCCUUCAAUCUCUCAGACAUAUCAAUUUAAGGAAUAACAGGAUCUUUGGAUUUCUCCCUCCCGAGCUUUUCUCUGCUCGAGGACUUCAAAGCUUGGUGCUUUUUGGUAAUUCCUUAUCUGGAUCUCUUCCUUCUGAGAUUGGUGCUUUGUCCUACCUUCAGGUUUUAGACCUUUCCCAGAAUUCUUUCUUUGGUUCUUUGCCCAAUUCAUUGUCAAACUGCAAAAGGUUAAAGGUUCUUGAUUUGAAUCACAACAAUUUCACCAAUUUCCUCCCCCUUGGCUUUGGAAGCAGCUUGCCUGCCCUAGAAGAACUAGACCUUUCUUAUAAUAAAUUCAAUGGCUCGAUACCUGGAGACAUUGGAAAUCUCUCAAAUCUCCAAGGAACUGCUGAUUUCUCCCACAAUCUGUUUUCUGGGUUGAUUCCAGAGAGCCUCGGUCGUCUUCCUGAGAAAGUUUAUAUAGACCUCACAUACAACAAUCUAAGUGGUCCAAUACCACAGAAUGGUGCGCUGGAAAAUAGAGGACCAACGGCUUUUAUUGGAAAUCCUGGCCUUUGUGGCCCUCCAUUGAAGAACCCAUGCUCUUCUGGCUUACCUUCAAGUGACCCUUUUUUGCCCAGGGAAAUCAAUGCAUCUCCCCCUACUGAAAUGAGCUAUAAUUCAAGAGGAAAUGGUAAUAGAAGCAGUGGGUUAACCUGGAGCCAGAUAGUUGCAAUAGUGGUGAGUGAUCUGGUUGGGAUUUGUUUGAUUGCAUUGGUGUUCUUCUAUUGCUAUAGGAGGGCAAUGACUUCAAAAAAGAAACCAAGUUCUGUCAAUUCUGACAAAAUUUCUAAGGCAAAGAAGGAAUGCAUUUGCUUUAGGAAGGAUGAAUCUGAGACAAUAUCUGAGAAUGUAGAACAUCUUGAUCUUGUGCCAUUGGAUCCUCAGGUGAGUUUCAGUUUGGAUGAGCUCUUGAAGGCCUCGGCCUUUGUUCUUGGGAAGAGUGGGAUUGGAAUUGUAUACAAGGUUGCAUUAGAUGAUGGCUUGACCCUGGCUGUUCGAAGAUUGGGAGAAGGAGGAUUGCAGAGGUAUAGUGAGUUUAAGACUGAGGUGGAGGCUAUUGGGAAGGUCAAGCAUCCUAAUAUUGUUGGUUUAAGAGCUUAUUAUUGGUCGGUUGAGGAGAAAUUGCUAAUAUAUGAUUAUAUACCAAAUGGAAAGCUUUCUACGGCAAUUCAUGGGAGAAGUCCUAUGGCUUGGCAGCCACUCACCUGGGAAAUAAGGCUAAAAAUCAUUCGGGGAAUCGCCAAGGGCUUGGCUUUCCUGCAUGAUUUCAAUCCAAAGAAGUUUGUCCAUGGAGACCUCAGAUCUAACAACAUACUACUUGGUCAAAACAUGGAACCCUAUAUCUCAGACUUUGGACUUGGCCGCCUGGUUAACAUUUCUGGUUCAUUACCAUUACUGCAAUUAAAUAGAAUCACAGCUGAGAAGCAUAACAAAGAGAAUUAUGACAUCUCUGCAAGCCCACUUGUGAACUCUUCAUCUUGCUACCAAGCUCCUGAAGCUUUGAAAAUCCUGAAACCAUCCCAGAAAUGGGAUGUUUACUCUUAUGGUGUCAUAUUACUUGAACUGAUUUCUGGUAGAUCUCCAAUAGUCCUACUUGAGACCUCAGAAAUGGAUUUAGUUCAGUGGAUUCAGUUCUGCAUCGAAGAGAAGAAGCCCCUCGCUGACGUUCUUGAUCCAUUUCUCGCUCGUGAGCCUGAUGAGGACGAUGCGAUUAUUGCUGUACUUAAGAUUGCUUUAGCUUGUGUUCAGACUAAUCCUGAGAGAAGGCCUUCGAUGAGAAAUAUUGUGGAUGCUCUCAAGCAAUGAAGAAAAAUUGAAGUAAGCCUCUUGAGGUAUGAGAUUGUAUUAAUGUUUUUGUAACAUUUAUUAGAUUUUUGUGAUAGGACCUGUGCUUGUAUGAAUCUCCUCUUUCAAGUGAAUGCAAUGUGAAGGUUUAGAAGGUAGAGAAGGAAUCCAGUUCUGUUCUCUUUUGCUUCCAUUAAUCUGUUGAUGAAGCUUUGUUUAACUAAUAAAAAUGGUGUCUUUUAAGGGUU